AUGGAACACGUCAACAAGUUGAUGAAGAUUCGGGGAGGGCUGAAAGGUCUAAGACAGCGACCAGCAGCCAUGGCAAGAUGGUUCCUUGUAGCGCCAGAACUAAGUGGACUUGCGACCCAAGCUGAGCACAUUGUGGGGGUACAAAGAGCCUCAUCAUCGCAUCAUCACGAUUUAAGCGAUGCGAUAACAAAUAGCUAUAAUGAAAAUGUACAGAAGCUGAAGGAUGUGCUCAAAGUGAGUGACCCUUUCGAGACAGAGGAACGUCAUCUGGUGAACAUCAUCACGAAAGCAGUUAUGCCAGAUUACAUCAAGGAGGGAGUCCUAACACGAGAUAAGAUCGGCCAGGCGUUGUCUGACACAUUUGCCCAAGAGAGAAUCGUCGAGGCCAAGUUAAGUGUUUGGAGCCCCAUGAAAAAGGCAAAUCUGAAGUCAUGGAGGUCUGCUGGGCAAACAAACUUUAAGAAGAACAAGACAACUUGUGGCGUCGCACCCUUAAAAGGAUGAUAGAGCUCUCUUCGCACGCUUCUUAGUCGUCAUUCUCUCAAGGCCUGAUCUUGACACAAAGGAAACCAUCAGUACCUUUGAGUUAGCCGAGUAUCCAAGGGCACUCUUCUUCUCUGAUGGCAGUUUGCGACACUGCGCUACCAAGAGCAAGCUGAUGAACAUCCUGGAAAGCCUUUUACCGGCCCAACAGCAACCUACAAACGUCUACAGUACAACCUCACUCUGCAGAUCCCUCCAGUAGGCAAGUGGUCAUUAUUGAUGUCAUGGCCGUCGUUCAGACAAUGGGAAAGCCACUGUGGUUGAGAAAUGGGCGUGACCUAGCAAGCCAUUUCAUAGAAGUCAUUGAUUCUAAGUCUGAAGGUGCCACCGAGGUGCAUGUUGUAUUUGACCGCUACGAUAUCCCAAACUCCUUAAUGGACACAAGGAGAGCAGUGGUAUACAAGAUUACUGUGGAUGCUGUUAUUGACAAGAUCACGAUGAAGGAUCUUUUGAGCUGCAGCCAGAAUAAGGAGACAUUGGCUAUCUUCCUUGCAGCACAUCUUAUCGAGUGCAAGAAAGACUAGCAUGUAGUAAGGGACUGGUCAAAAAGCAUAGGGGGGUAGGCCGGAGCAUUUGGAAAUGUGGUUGAUAAAAAACACAUGACCCACCCCCUCCCUUCGGCACAAAAAUGACUGACCCACCCCUAAAGCAAGGUUGGAAAUUGCAUGACCCACCCCCUAGUUAAAACAUGGAUGUUUGGUUUCCUCUUAAUAAUCCAAUAAAACCUUGUUCUGUGUUUGACAAAAUUUGUUGAUACACUGCUACAACCAAUAUCAAAAUCACAGCAAUAAGAGCAACUCCAUGCACAUAUCGACCAAAGUGCGGCAAGGCUCAAAAAAUAAAAAUCGCUCUUCUUUUGCAUACUGAUAGACUUUAGUAAGUGUACAAACGCCAUGUAGUUUUUUCUUCGAAAGAUCUGUUCGUUUCCGUGAAAAACAAGAAAAUCGUUUCAAGCCCCGCCGUCGAUUUCGCAAGCCGAAAACAGGGUUGAAAUUCACUAUGAUUCGCUCGACUUGCAUUUCAAAACAACCGCGCUAGAAAAAAGCUUGUUGCUGAAAUUGUAAGUAUAACUCAUCGUUGACCAAAAUAUAUAAUAUUUUUCGCAUUACAACAGUCUGAGUAAUUAUAAAAAAGCUAAAGCGUAUGUCUACCUGUUGUUCAACCACGGAAGGUAGUUGAAAAAAGCGCCGAUUUUCAUCAUGUGCCUUUGAUCAGAAUUUUUCAGGAUUGAAGAGGUAAACACUAUAAGCAUCAAACUAUUAUGUUAUGUUAAAAUUAUUUUGGGGAAAUCAUUUUGAGCUUCUCAGAAAUUAUUUGAAAUUCCUGUUACAGACAACAUAAAAUAACGCCAUCCAACAUAUGAGUCACGCGACCACCACCAACAAUUUGACUUUAGGUUUCCGUUUACAACGCCGGUAGCCUUGAUAUGUAGAACAAUGUUUUUGAAAAGCUCACCUUAACCUGUAUCUGUUGUACUUCAAGCUGCAAGUUGUUUCAUUUUGCCGUCUUAUCACCUAUGUUACCGUAGUCGUAAAGUCCGCUGGAAUGUGUGCGUUCACAUUGUAGCAUUGUGGAGGUGCGUGACAGCUUUCUGGUAAUUUCUUCAUCCCUCUGUUUUCUCUAAUGUUUUCAAGUUAACAUCUCAUACUUGUUAAAAAUUUUGAGAAACCUGGACCUUAAAAACCCGUCUAUAAAAUAAAGCUCGGUAGUUAGUUCGUGGAUCCGUUCACUUCAAUUAAUCUCAUUUGCAUAGGAGUGUGCCAAAGGUCUACUUCCGGUGAAAUACACGUGACGAGCUUUACCGACUUUCACCCGUUACUUCCAGUACACUGAAGAAGAUUCAUCUUUUAUACUCCUCCUUCUUCAAAAGUCUCCAGUUGACAUUAUUUUACCCGGGAAUUGACGUUUUAGGCGUUAGAUUAACUUUAUCGAAUUAAAUUUAGUUUAAUUUGAUUCAACUGUUCAUUCCCACUGGAAAAAGAAAAAGAUCUUUGCAUAAACACUGUUUGUGUGCGCUCUUCUUCGAUGAAGCUAUGGAAGGUUCGUGCUCCUUCGAGCCAUUAGUAGGUACUCUGUGUUCGUUUGGUAGAAGGGAUAAGCAGAGAUGAACUGAGAUUGUUCCUUUGUCGUCAAACUAUUAAGGACGUAACCGGGCAUAGGUCGACAUGGUCUCUUUCUGGUAUUGAAAGCGAAACAGACUUUAUUUUAGCUCAGAACUGACCAGCCAGACCAUUCCCGUCACACUGAUAAUUUCCCUUUUGAUCAAACUCUUCAGCUAGAUCGGUCAAAUCCGAAAUAGUAUGCUCGAAAGAGAACGUUUUUCAGCAAAAACUCUUGGAAAAAUCCUAUUUCAUUUUCAAACUGCCUGGUCAGGCGAUGGUCCAGCCGGCCAGUUCUGACAGAUGGAAAGCGCCCUAAGUUCCUUUAAGAUAUGCCCUUUCCAUCUUUCUGAGCUCGGUAUUGGAUGGGGACGGAACAGUUAUUCCAAUUCGUGCCAAGUUCCAAAGGAAAUCGCCAAUCACAUAAUUGAAAGAAGAGGGAAACCUGUUAAAGCCGACAAAGGAGUUAGAGGAAGAACAUUUCAGAAUAUAUCUAUCAGCAAACCGGUAUCCUCAUUCCUGUAGGUUCAGGUACUCUUGGUUUAUUCAUUGUAUUAUAUUCUAAUAAGUCACUUAGGUUCAAUCCGCGAAUACUAUAUAAAGUUUACCAUAGUUGUCAACUCUCUUAGAUAACCCAGAGUCUCCCGGGUAAGGCACCAAUCCACCUAAUCUGUCGGAUAAAAUAAAACUUUCAGUUUUUCUUUUAGUUUGAAAUUAAACCCGAUUUCCCCUAGAGUAAAUAUUUUUUUUUUGUAAAAGUUAAAGAUCAUAGUACUAGUCCAGUUCUGAUGGCAUUUGUUGUUGUCGUUGUUGUUGUUUUUUUUUGUUUUGCAUUUCCUUCAAACGACUGACUCGUACCUCAUUCAAGACAACGUGUGGGGGAUAUGGCGUCGGAUAGAACUCAACGAUUCCACAUUCGAACAGCAAAACAAGUGGUCGAUGCAACUCUUGGAGAGAUUGCAACCUCGUUCCCAGGGUUCUCUCCUACCCGCCCUACGGACGGACGGGUAGGAGAUUGCGCCAGAAGACGCUGAAAAACUCUGGGUAUCCUUAGUUCAAUCUCAAAUUGUAGCAGACCAAUGACGAAGCCAUUGACUUCAAGCUCAGUAGCAGAUGCGCUUGCAGAAUGUUACAAGACGCAGGACACUGGGGAUCACGAAGAGAAAUCUCUUAGGGACGUAUCAUUAGAAAAGUUAUGGGGGGGGGGGGAAUUUUUGAGCCGCAGGAAUUUUUUUUCGUUAUCAAAUUCCUUGUACGAAUUUUUUAGUCUGUAGCAUGAAUAUUUUUUAGGGUUAAUUGGCGUGCAUGAAUUUUUUUAUUUAAUUUUCCCUUGCGAUGAUAUUUUUCUGCUACUUCCCCAUAAGUUUUCUAAUGGUCCGUCCCUUAUGUCACUGAGACAAAAUGGAUUUCGAAAUCUUACAAAACUGGCUUCCUGGUGUUACUCGGCACAGGUUAAAGAUCGCAAGGCACCAUCGGAUCCUUCAUGGCCGAGGUUCUGUUGUCUCCGCUGUUUCUUCCAGAAGAAUGUACUUUUUUGUUUGUUUUGGAAAUUGUCUUAUUUCAAAUGUACUAACAAAAAAAACGUAAAUAGUGUUUGUUUCAAUUCACGAAAAGUGACAUUUAGCACAGCAGAAAUUAUAUUAAUUUUGUCCUUUAUUAAGAAGGCUCUUUGAAAUAACGCACGUGCAGCCAGGAUUACCCACGUGCAGCCAACAACUGGAAGUUCUACCUGUGAAGUUGGGAAGAAAACAUGUACACAAUUUUUUGUUAAGACAUCUUUUGAUUUGAUAAUGCAAUGCCGACGUCUCGAAGCAAUGAAAAUCUUCAGCGAGGCUACCAAUUAAAUUCUUCAUUUUCAAAAAUUUUAUAUUACACGCAUGUUUUGCGUUUGCUUCUCGCCUGCUUUUAGCGGAUCCUGACCCCGUGGCCCCGGGAUCUUGACAGCUGUAAUCCGAUAUCACUGUUGAAAGUAAUUUGCAUACUGAGUCACAAAACGUCCGUAGGGCGCUUUAUCCUUCAGAUUGGCGCUUCCUUCUGCGGUAUCCAGCAGCAUUUUGAGACAAAAGUUGUUGACAGAUAAGGAAGAGAGGGUUUACUACGUGUUGAAUUAACAUAAGCGAACUUCGUUAGAAAGCAUGCGUGUUGGUUAUGAGUCUCAAACAGAGUUUAAUAUAGAAUGGCAAACUUGAACAGAUGGCAACAGGAAACAUUUUGCCGUAAACCUAGACCUGAAACAAAGAAUAGGGUAAGUACUUUAACAUUUAGAACUUUGUUUGUGAAUAUUAGCUAGACUUUUUAGGUCAGACGUUUGAUGACCUUUGCCUGGUCGACUGACGAUGGUCACGCAUAUGUUUAAGAUGGCGUUACGUUAUGUUGUCUGUAAAACGAUUUUCAAAUAAUUUCUGAGAAGCUCAAAGUGAUUUCCCCAAAAUAAUUUUUACAUAACAUAAACGUUAGAUGCCUGUAGUAUAUUUCCCUUCAAUCUGAAAAAAUUCUGAUCAAAGGCACAUGAUGAAAAUCGUCGCUGUUUUCAACGACCUUUAGUGGGUAAACAUCAGGUAGCCGUACGCUUUAGUUUUUUUAUAAUUACUCAGACGGUUGUAAUGCUAAAAAUAUUAUAUAUUUUGAUCAACGACGAGUUAAACUUAAAAUUUUAGCAAUAAGUUUUCUUCCUAGCGCGGUUGUAUUGGAACGCGAGUCCAGCGAAUCAUGAUGAAUUUCAACCCUGUUUUUGGCUUUCGAAAUCGACGGUGGGGCUUGGAACGGUUUUCUUCGUUUUUCUCGGAAACGAACAGAUCUAUCGAAGAAAAAAAUACAUAGCGUUUGUAUAAUUACUAAAGUCUACCAGUCUGCAAAAGAAGAGCGAUUUUGAUUUUUUUGAGCCUUGCCACGAAUCGGCGAUUUUGGUCGAUUUUUGCAUGGAUUCGCUCAUAAUACCUUUCACUGAAAAGACAAAUGUGAAAAACCGAACAUUUCUUGUUUCGAUGGAUGUUCUGAGUCUUGACACAAAUAUACAGCAAAACGAGGGUAUAUUGAAAUUGUCUGUCACAAAGCGUAUCAAAAUUUCUACAACCUAUUCCUACACAUUACUUGCCGGAAAUGCUUAGAUUAAUCCUCAAAGAACCUUCUCGCACAUAUUUCACCUCGUGUCACCCUCCAAAUGUUAAAAAAGGAUUUGUCAAAGGAGAAGCCUUGAGAAUCCUACGAAAAAACUCCUCAGAAACAACCUUUGAGGAAAACGAUUCAAAUUUAAAAAAAAAAACGCUUGAUGGACGGAGGCUACCCACAAUCUCUGAUAGAAAACCUACUAUCAGAAAUAAAAUUCACAAAAAGGAGUCUAGACUCCUAAAACAAAACAACAAGGAGGAGAAAGAAAUAUUGCCAUUCUUGACACAAUACCAGCCCUCCGUGUCUACUAUAAAGGAAGCUUGAAUGAAAAAAUGGAGUCUUAUACAAAACCAACUAUGACUUCAAUAAAUUUUUAAAGAACCACUAAUCAUUUCCUUACAAAAAAGGAAAAUCAUUAAAGGACAUACUCGUUAGAGCCCAAAAAAAAAGGUUAACAGAGGGUUCCACGCCCGUAUAGAUGUGCGGCCUGUCACCCUUUGUACAUUCUCGCACAACAGGUUUGUGAGUAUUUUAGCAAUAAUUUUAGCUGGCUGUGUUUUAUAUAACAAGUGUAGUCAACUGUCUCGUUAGUAGUUAGUGCGUAUCUAUGUAAUAAAAUAGGGUGACCCACCCCCUAACGGUAGCUGAAAAUUGCACGACCCACCCCUUGCACAAGGCUCAAAACCUCAUGACCCACCCCCUCUCUGCUCCGGCCCACCCCCACCCCUAUACUUUUUGACCAGUCCCUAGCCUCUAAAGCUGACUGUAUGGCUUCUAGUAGCCUACCGAUUCAGCAUUUAAGGAGUGAGCAGAAGGAAGCAGAUACUCGUAUGCUCCUACAUGCUCUAGAUGGCACACAGAGAGGAGCAACGUCCAUAACCAUUCAGAGUCCAGAUACAGACGUACUCGUUCUGACGUUCUGGGUUUACAAGAGACUUUGUCCAGACACUACAGUGAUUGUUGGAACGGGAGGAAAACGAAGAAGUAUUCCACUAGGCCCACUCUACGAGGCGGUAGGAGAACAACUUAAUGUGAAGGCUUUACCUGGCUUUCAGGAAGUGAUCAGACAGGCACUAUCAGUGGAAAAAGCAAAGUGUCUUGCUGGAAUACACUAAAGAAAGCUGAACGAUCAGUUCUCGAUGCCUUUUCCAGCCUGGGAACCACCGACACCAUCCCAGAUGAUAUAUACAUGACGCAAGAGCGCUUUGUCUGCCAGUUGUACAUCCCAUCGACACAGCUAAGAACCAUAGGAGAGGUCCGAUGGCUGCUCUUUAGCAACAAACAACACGUAGAUGAGCAGCUGCCCCCCACUAAAGCGGCUCUACACCAGAUGACAAGACGUGCUAAUCUCGUUGCAUUGGUUUGGAAGUCUUGCGACAACCCAAAUCCCAGCAUUCCUAGCCCGAUAUUACACGGAUGGCAACAAGAUGGGGAUAGACUGCAGCCGGUUCCAACCACACUCCCACCUGCACCUAAGGCCGUACUGCAGUUGAUCAAGUGUGGAUGCAAAGGAAUCUGCAUCACAAUGAGCUGUUCGUGCAGGAAACACAACCUAAAAUGCACUGAUAUGUGUGGUUCAUGCGAGGUAAAAUGUACGAACAGGAGCAGUAACACUGAUACAGUUGAGCAUAUAACAGGGGAUAUUAGUGACGACGAGGACCUUCAUAUAUAG